UGGCUAUAAACGUCAACCAACUAGUGCCAAAAUGGUCUUAGGAUUAGGAAGCAAAUACGGUGACAUCUCUCUGCAUAGUGGUCGACAUGGCGGCUGAGGGCGGGAGCAGGGAGGAGAGGUGGACCCUGGCCGGCGCCAGGGCGCUCAUCACCGGCAGCAGCAAAGGGAUCGGGUACGCCAUCGUGGAGGAGCUCGCCGGGUUCGGUGCGAGGGUGCACGCCUGCUCCCGGAACGCGGCGGAGCUGGAGGAGUGCCGACGGCGGUGGGAGGAGAAGGGCCUGCAUGUCACCGUCUCCGUGCGCGCCGACAGGGAGAAGCUCAUGGACACCGUCCGGCAGACCUUCAACGGCAAGCUGGACAUACUAGUGAACAACGCGGGGCAGCUGCUGGUGAAGCCCACCGCGGAGUGCACGGCGGAGGAGUACUCCAAGGUGAUGGCUACCAACCUGGAGUCGAGCUUCCAUCUCUGCCAACUCGCGCGCCCUCUUCUCGUACACGCCGGAGGAGGCAGCAUCAUCAACAUGUCCUCCAUUGGAGGCUCAAUUGGCUUCGUAGGCUCCGCAAUCUACGCUAUCACAAAAAGUGCUAUGAACCAACUGACCAGGAGUUUGGCCACCGAGUGGGCCCCUGACAAGAUCCGUGUGAACGGUGUUGCCCCAGGAUUUAUCACAACCGAUAUGAUUAAAGAUAUGGAUACGGAGUACAUGGAACAGGAGCACUCCAAAACCCCGUUGCGGCGGAGUGGCAAGCCAGCCGAGAUCGCCUCCGCGGUGGCAUUUCUGUGCAUGCCGGCGGCUUCCUUCAUCACCGGCCAGGUCAUCUGCGUCGACGGUGGUCGAACCAUUAGUGCUUAAUUAGUCAUCAUCACCGCCACUGCAUAAGUUGUUGAUUAAUUACUUGGCGAAUAAGUAGUAUGUGUGUUGGGAGUAAACAAAAAUUAGUCAAUAAAUAAUGAUGCCAACUAGGAGUAACAAUAACUGGCAUCAUGUGCAGUACAUGUAUGUAUGUGUGUACGUGUACGUGUGUGUAUGUGGUGAUAAUUUUGGAACUACUAUUGAACAGUUCAAUAUGAAUAUUGCAGGUCUGAUUGGA